GGAUGCCAUCGUGGCUGACCUGGACAAGAAGAUGGCCAAGAGUGUGGACGUGGCCAACACGACAUUCCUGCUCAUGGCAGCCUCCAUCUACUGCCACGAGCAGAACCCCGACGCUGCCCUGAGGGCCCUGCACCAGGGGGAGAGCCUGGAAUGCAUGGCCAUGAUGAUCCAGAUCCUCCUGAAGCUCGACAGGCUCGACCUGGCCCGGAAGGAGCUGAAGAAGAUGCAGGAGCAGGAUGAGGAUGCAACUCUGACCCAGCUGGCGACUGCCUGGGUGAACCUGGCCGUGGGUGGGGAGAAGCUCCAAGAUGCUUAUUACAUUUUCCAAGAGAUGGCAGACAAGUGUUCCCCCACCCUGCUGCUGCUGAACGGGCAGGCUGCCUGUUACAUGGCCCAGGGCAAGUGGGAGGACGCCGAGGGAGUUCUCCAGGAGGCCCUGGACAAGGUACUGCCUGCUCUUGCCACCUCUCAGGGGGGGGCUGGGGAGAGCAGAGGGGGCUUUCACCGGGAAAAUUCAUGGAAAUGCCAGUGGAGGGAUCGGUGUCGCUGAGGGUGGGGCUGAUCG